GGCUCCGCCCCGGCGGAGUGACGGGCUUCAUUGGCCAAUGGAGCUAUGAGGAAGGUGGAGCAGCUCCCGGGGAACGCCCACACCCCUGCCCUCACUGAAUAUUCAUGAGAGGCUCUUGGCGGAGCUGCACGGCGCGGUCGCCGCCAUGAAGCUCAACGUGGACGGGCUGCUGGUCUACUUCCCGUACGACUAUAUCUACCCCGAGCAGUUCUCGUACAUGCUGGAGCUCAAGCGCACGCUGGACGCCAAGGGCCAUGGAGUCCUGGAGAUGCCCUCAGGUACUGGGAAGACAGUGUCUCUGCUGGCCCUUAUCAUGGCCUACCAGUGGGCAUAUCCACUGGAGGUGACCAAACUCAUCUACUGCUCAAGGACUGUGCCCGAGAUUGAGAAGGUGAUUGAAGAGCUGCGGAAGUUGCUCAACUUCUACGAGAAGCAGGAGGGCGAGAAGCUGCCAUUUUUGGGGCUGGCUCUGAGCUCCCGAAAGAACCUGUGUAUUCAUCCUGAGGUGACACCUCUGCGCUUUGGGAAGGACGUGGAUGGGAAAUGCCACAGCCUCACAGCCUCCUACGUGCGGGCACAGUAUCAGCAGGAUGCCAGCAUGCCCCACUGCCGUUUCUACGAGGAGUUUGAUGCCCAUGGGCGCCAGGUGCCCCUCCCCACUGGCAUCUAUAACCUGGAUGACCUGAAGGCCCUGGGGCAGCGUCAGGGUUGGUGCCCGUACUUCCUGGCCCGCUACUCGAUUCUGCAUGCCAACGUGGUGGUGUACAGCUACCAUUACCUGCUGGACCCCAAGAUUGCUGACCUAGUGUCCAAGGAGCUAGCCCGCAAGGCUGUCGUGGUCUUUGAUGAGGCCCACAACAUUGACAAUGUCUGCAUCGACUCUAUGAGCGUCAACCUCACCCGCCGCACCCUGGACCGGUGCCAGGCCAACCUGGACACCCUGCAGAAGACGGUGCUCAGGAUCAAGGAGACCGAUGAGCAGCGGCUCCGGGAUGAGUACCGGCGGCUGGUGGAGGGGCUGCGGGAGGCCAGCGCAGCCCGGGAGACAGAUGCCCACCUGGCCAACCCUGUGCUGCCCGACGAGGUGUUGCAGGAGGCGGUCCCUGGCUCCAUCCGCACUGCCGAGCACUUCCUGGGUUUCCUGAGACGGCUGCUGGAGUUCAUCAAGUGGCGGCUGCGUGUGCAGCACGUGGUGCAGGAGAGUCCCCCCGCCUUCCUCAGCAGCCUGGCUCAGCGUGUGUGCAUCCAGCGCAAGCCCCUCAGAUUCUGUGCCGAGCGCCUCCGGUCCCUCCUGCACACCCUGGAGAUUGCUGACCUCGCUGACUUCUCUCCACUCACGCUCCUUGCUAACUUCGCCACCCUCGUCAGCACCUACGCCAAGGGCUUCACCAUCAUCAUUGAGCCCUUCGAUGACAGGACCCCGACUAUUGCCAACCCCAUCCUGCACUUCAGCUGCAUGGAUGCGUCCCUGGCCAUCAAACCUGUGUUCGAGCGCUUCCAGUCUGUCAUCAUCACCUCUGGGACACUGUCCCCGCUGGACAUUUACCCCAAGAUCUUGGACUUCCACCCAGUCACCAUGGCAACCUUCACCAUGACUCUGGCCCGGGUCUGCCUCUGCCCCAUGAUCAUCGGCCGUGGGAAUGACCAGGUGGCCAUCAGCUCCAAAUUCGAGACCCGGGAAGACAUUGCGGUGAUCCGGAACUAUGGGAACCUCCUUCUGGAGAUGUCGGCUGUGGUCCCCGAUGGCAUCGUGGCCUUCUUCACCAGCUACCAGUACAUGGAGAGCACCGUGGCCUCCUGGUACGAGCAGGGCAUCCUGGAAAACAUCCAGAGGAACAAACUACUGUUUAUAGAGACCCAGGAUGGAGCUGAGACCAGUGUCGCCCUGGAGAAGUAUCAGGAGGCCUGCGAAAACGGCCGCGGGGCCAUCCUGCUGUCUGUGGCUCGCGGCAAGGUGUCCGAAGGCAUCGACUUUGUGCACCACUACGGCCGCGCUGUCAUCAUGUUUGGGGUCCCCUACGUCUACACCCAGAGCCGCAUUCUCAAGGCACGCCUGGAGUACCUUCGGGACCAGUUCCAGAUCCGAGAGAAUGACUUCCUCACCUUCGACGCCAUGCGCCAUGCAGCCCAGUGCGUGGGCCGGGCCAUCCGGGGCAAGACAGACUAUGGCCUCAUGGUCUUUGCUGACAAGCGCUUUGCCCGGGCAGACAAGCGGGGGAAGCUCCCGCGCUGGAUCCAGGAGCACCUCACCGAUGCCAACCUCAACCUGACGGUUGAUGAGGGGGUCCAAGUGGCCAAGUACUUCCUCAGGCAGAUGGCGCAGCCCUUCCACCGGGAGGACCAGCUGGGACUGUCCCUGCUCAGCCUGGAGCAGCUGGAGUCGGAGGAGACGCUGCGGAGGAUAGAGCAGAUUGCGCAGCAGCUGUGAGUGGGGGCACAGCACAAAGACAGGGCCAGGAGGAACAGUGAGCCCUGGGAGGUUCCUGAGCGGUACGCACCCAGAUUCUGCCCAUGGCAGGGCUCUACGGACCCCAUCCAGCACUCACCCGGCCGCCCCUGCCAGGCCCUCGCCUCGGAGUCGGGAGACCAGCUUCUCACUGCCCCGCCGGAUGGACUCCCGUAGCUUGGAGAAUGAGCUGCUCCGAGGAAGGGCCUGUAGAGGGGGGGACACCGUUUGGUCCCCCCACCCUGAUGCGACUGUCUCUACCCUGGAGCCAAGCCAAGCCAUUCCUCACCUGCUGUUUCAUAUCACCAGCUGUGCCUGUGCCAGGGGCUCCUGGGGGGACAGAUGGGGAUGUGAGGGGAGGACACAGCGCAGAAGCCCCUGGGAGGCGACAGGGAGGGUGUGGCUCACCGAGCGGGCUGUGCAGGUCCUCUGGGCGGAGGAUCUCCUUGUACAGCUCCUCAGCCUGCUGGUACUUGCUCUGCUUCAGGUAGGCGGAGGCCUGCAGAGGGUAUGCUGGGGUCUGCUGUGGCCAGGACAUCUCGGGACCCCUGCCUGGCUGGGCCUCCCAGUUCUCAGGAGGAGGCCGGGCUCCCUGUCCCCCAGGGCAGAAGCUCCGCCUGGAGCAGGCUGGGGCCCAGGGCAGCAGGGCAGGUGGCUUCCUGUCUCCGCUCUCCCUUGGCUGGUGACACCUCUGUGCCUCAGUCUCCUGUGCCAACUGGCAGUGACCACAGCUCCUACCUCGGAGGGCAGAGUGCUAACUAAGGAAGGGUUACCCGCUGUGAGCAAAUAAAGAUCUGGGGCCACACUGUCCGGCCCCUUCACCAGCUUC